CAAACCCCAUCAAUACAUAUCUCCAAAUAUCUUAUGUUUUGUUUUCUGCUCCAAUCCUGUUUCGACAUUGUUUCGCGAUUCGUCUCGGGUUUUGUUUUGUUGAUUGAGAGAAAACAUGGGAGGUGAGGAAGACAAAGACAAAGGGUUUUUUGGGUACCCACCCGCUGGAUACCCGCCGGGUCCUGGGGCUUAUCCACCAGCUGGAUACCCACCCCAACAAGCUUACCCUCCCCCACCACCUGGUGCCUACCCACCUGCACCUGGUUAUCCUCCGGGUGCAUACCCACCUCCACCUGGUGCCUACCCUCCUGCUCCUGGUUAUGGUGGUUAUCCUCCUGCGCCUGGUCAUGCUGGUUAUCCUCCUGCUGGCUAUCCUCCUCAUCACUCAGGGCACGCAGCUGGAAUCGGGGGUAUGAUUGCAGGUGCUGCAGCUGCCUACGGAGCUCACCACAUAGCUCAUAGCUCUCACGGUCCUUACGGACACGCAGCAUAUGGUCACGGAUUUGGACAUGGUCAUGGCUAUGGCUAUGGUUAUGGUCAUGGUAAGUUCAAGCACGGGAAGUUCAAGCAUCACGGAGGCAAGUUUAAACAUGGGAGGCAUGGGAUGUUUGGAGGAGGUAAGUUCAAGAAGUGGAAGUGAUCUAAAAACCUCUUUUAAUCUCAUCUCUCGCCGGUUCAAGUUUGACAAUUGAGGCUUUAAUAAUGAUUAUGAUAUCACAUGUUGUACUAUGAAGCUAUAUAUGGUUUUAUGAUAUUACUGAUUCUGUUUUUAAUAUAAUUUCAUAUAUUAUGCCCUUGUAUAUAUGGGUUUUGGCAUUG